AUGCCUAAGUUUCCACAGUUUCGAUUGAUUUUAGUUUUGUUUUACUUAAUAUCAAUGAUACAAUGGUCGGUAAUCACUUUUUCGCUGGGGUUCUUUCUUAAUGUCUGCAUCUUUGCGUACUUCGUAUUCUUCAAAUCCUUGCCUGAUUUACCGAAACCUCAGCCAAGAUUUGUUGAUAUCGUACCGGAAAGUUCGAAUACUGUGGAUGUUGAUAAAGAAUUGAAGUCUGUCGAGGGUUUAAUACAAGAUGGGAACGCGCAAAUUGGGAAAGAAUUAGAGAGUAUUGUUAAUUUAAUUAUUAAAGAUUUUGUUCAGCCUUGGUUCACAAAAAUCGAUAAGAAUAGUGACGCAGAGUUCCUCAAAGUAAUAAAGUGGAGAUUAUUACAAACGCUCCUAGUGGUGAAGGACAAGUUGAUGAAGAAUGAUAGUGCCAGCUUGAUUGUUCUGAAGCUGUUGCCUAUAUUUAACAAACAUUUCAGCACUUUUUGUGAUGCCAGAGAAGCUGUGCUAAGCGAUUUGACUCUUGAAAGGCAUAAAUCAGCCAACAUCGAUCUACAAAUUGCCGUUGAGUUUAAUAAAAAUUACAAAAUACAUAAAUCAUUAUCAUUGAAGCCGAAUGCUCUUCAGAAAGAAAUUGAAAAAUCCAUAAGGAAAACUGUAAUCGGGCUCCUUCCUCACCUUUUUGAUAAUGAUGAGUUAGAUUCAUUGCUUGUUUUCACAUUAAUGACGGAAGUUCUCACUACGUGCAUUAUUUCUCCAUUAAUUUUCAAAUUUACUGAUCCAGAUAGUUGGAAUUUAAGAAUUGUAAGCCUUUCACAAAAUUAUUUCGAGGAAAAGCACAAAGUUCACAAGAUAAGAAGAAUGUUGAGUAAAGAGUUACAAGAUCAUAGAAAAGUGAUGAAUGACGUAGCGAACAAAGAUGUUGGAGAACCCUCAAGUGAAAAAUUGGAGCUUAAUGCUGAAUAUACUGGAAAACAAUUCGAGCAUUAUCUCAACCAGUUGGACUCCUUGUUGGAUUUAAGUGAUAUCAAAUAUGUUGCGUAUUCAUUGGCCCUCAAAAUAUACCAAUUGAAAGAAAAUGAACAUUUGACCAAGGAAAAUUUGAAGUAUAAGAAACGAUUACUGCUUUCCUUAAAUUUGAUUGAAUCAAAGUUAUCGUUCCCUGGCUCGGAAAUUGAUACGGCAAGCAAAAAGCUUGCAAGAGAGGCUAAUUAUCCCGAUUUAAAUAUGGAUAAUGGAAUAGUAUUGAAGGAAAUGGCUUCAUUUCUUACCUCCAUCACAUUGAAGGACAUUGUAGACGAUAGCGAGUUUCUUCCUUUUUUUGAAUCAUUUUUAGGCAGUGUUCCUGAAACACAGGGUUCAACAUUUUUAGAGUAUUCGCAAACAAUUGAAUCAUUCAAAAAUCCCUUGGAAGAUGCUACAUCUGAAGAUAUAAUUUCUGGUUAUUCAGGAAUUAGCACAAUGCAACUGCAAGAGAUUUCUUCAAAGUUUUUUCAUAACAAUAACUUGCAAAAUAUGAAAUUGCUGGAUGAAGGUUUAGUGAAAAAUAUAAUACUUUUCAGAAAUUCAUUUCAAAUCAACAACGAUGAAGACACAUUUAUCCUAGCUCGGAAAAGCGUUUUACUACUACAGACAGAGGCUAUAAAGUAUCUCGAUGAUAGAUUUUUACCUCUUUUCAAGAAAACACCUUCAUUUCUCAAAAUGCUUUCAACGUCCCACAUCAUUUCGACUGAUAUAUAUGCUCACUUUCUGAGUAGAAUCGGUGGUGUUAACAAUCCAGAACAAAACAAAAUAAUAAAAGAUAAUGUGAAGACUGAUUUUAUGAAUCCUGUCAGAAUAUUCGCAAACCCCGGCAUCACAGAUGCUUUAGAUAAUAUAGUGAAUGGAUCGGGAUCCAAGCCGCAUAAAUCAAGAAUAAGCUCAAAUCCCCGUUAUUCUCAGCUCUUUGGUUCAGAAAAUGACAACAUUUUCAAAGAUAAACUCUUCGACGAUGAAAACGAUAAUACCUCAGAAAUUUCUGUUGUCGAGGAUCAGUUGGAUCACCCACGUAAUAUGGAGAAAGUAAGUGUUUCCAGCGGGAAUUCAGGCCUAAAUCCUAGCCAAUUUUAUGGGUCAAACAACUUUAGGGAUAAUAUAGCAUCCUUGACUAUUUCAAUUGAUCAGAUUGAGAAAGAGCUUGAACUUUUAAGGCAUUUGAUUUUGAAGGCAGAUCUGACCAACAAUCAAAUGCAGUUGAAAAUUUUAAAAAAGUCACAAAGAACCCUAUUAAAGGAACUAGAAAUGAAGGAACUGUUGAAACAGCAAUAUAUGGUACAAGAAAAUGGUAAUAGUUUGUUCAGAAAAACUAAGAUAUACAUUAGGUCGUACUUCAGUGAGAAUUCUAGUAAUGGCCUAAAAGAAAUAACUUAUUAUAUCAUCAAUAUCCAUCAUUUUAACAAUGGGCAGGUAAGUUCUUGGGAUAUGGCAAGGAGAUAUAAUGAAUUUUUUGAAUUAAAUACAUAUUUGAAAAAGAAUUUUAGGGAUCUGAUGAGGCAGUUGCAAGAUUUGUUCCCGUCAAAAGUGAAAAUGUCAUUGAAAUAUCAUGUUACAAAAACAUUGCUUUAUGAGGAACGAAAGCAAAAACUUGAAAAGUACUUGCGAGAACUAUUAUCUAUUUCUGAAAUAUGCGAAGAUAACAUUUUCAGAAGAUUUUUGACAGAUCCUACCCCAUUCAAACUGAACAAGGAAUAUAUGCAUGAUGAUAUUCUGGAGGAGCCACUUCAUGAACCUAUUGGUAGUAGUAAUAGCACAAGUAAUAGCAGUUCUGUUGUUGAUUUACAAAGCUCUGAAGACGGCGGUGAAUUGAAUUUCUAUGAAGAUGAAAGACAUUUUUUCACCGAUUCUGGCUAUCCUUUUUAUUCGCAAAAUAAAUCUUUUGUUAAACAGAUAUGUGACUUAUUUAUUUCGCUCUUUGCUUUAAAUAAGGCCAACGCGGGUUGGUUAAGAGGAAGGGCUAUAAUUACCGUUUUACAACAGCUUCUUGGGAGCACUAUUGAAAAGUAUAUAAAGGUCAGCAUUCAAAAAUUGAGAUCAGAGGAUCAAGUAUUUGAAGCAAUAGUUACAUUCAAGAAUAUGCUAUGGGGUGAUAACGGUCUGUUCGAAAGAAAAAGAAAUGAAACGGCAGAGGCAACAAGAAGCGAAGGUGAAAGGUUACGGACGGAACAACUCGCUUUAACCAGUUUGCAAAGACUCUUCGCAGACACUUGUGGUCGUGUAGUUGGUCUAAGAGAUUCUCAUGAAGCUGCUGGCCGGGUCCAUGCCAUGCUACAGAAUCCGUAUUUAAAUGCCAGCUUACUGUUGGAAGCUCUUGAUGCAAUUUUAUUGGACAUAAUAUGUAAUGACUGA